AUGACGAGAAGAAACGAGACGAUGAGGGCGAUCGUACGGUCGAGGAGGAGGAGCUUAGAAGAGGUCAUUCGAGAAGGAGUCACCAGCACUGGCAGCCUAAGGAAGGACGAGGAGAAACGAGACGACGAGAACGAUCGUAUGGUCGAGGAGGAGGAGCUGAGAAGAGGUCAUUCAAGAAGGAGUCACCAGCAGCGGAAGGACGAGGAGAAACGAGACGACGAGAACGAUCGUAUGGUCGAGGAGGAGGAGCUGAGAAGAGGUCAUUCAAGAAGGAGUCACCAGCAGCGGAAGGACGAGGAGAAACGAGACGACGAGAACGAUCGUAUGGUCGAGGAGGAGGAGCUGAGAAGAGGUCAUUCAAGAAGGAGUCACCAGCAGCGGUAG